AUGGCGCGUGUUUUCAGCACAAGUCAUUUUCUACUGCUGUUUUGGCAAACGUUUUUUACAUAUGUCAGUGCUUCCGUUCAGGAUUCAUUAUGCACCGCGGAUAAAAUAGAAAGGCUGAACUGUAGCUGCAAUAUUACAUGCAGCCAGCUGAAAACAUCCAGCUUUACUACACUUUCACCCAAAUCUUAUUUCGAGGUAAGUGUAAUUGUCGAAUUGCCAAUUGUAUCUGCUUGCUGGAUAAAAUUUUCGGGAUUUUGCGAUGGUUUGCCUACCAUAGGGUAGGGCUGUCAUAUAAAAUAUGAUCUUCAUUUACUUAGCGUGCAAAUAGGCUGCUCGAGGAGCUUCAUUUUGUAUUCACUGGUGAUUUUAUAAUCUACGACACUAAACGACCCAGGGAAAGUUCCCUUUGUUUUCAUUGUUUUACUGUGAUUAUUGAAUUGGAAGCUCUUAAGGCGUGAUUUUUUUUAUAACAAAACCAUAGCCUCCUUUCGGCAUCUCUUCCGUGACGAAGGCCCAAGAAUAGGGUAGUUUUUUGGUAAAACUGACAUUGUUGCCCAGAAACGCUGGUUUAUUUAUGUUACUUAAACCAGUUUUCAUCAUGGAAAGGAAAAGCCUGUGGCGCGUGCUUGCUUACCAUGCGUUAAAUCAAAAAACCCGGACGGAAGGUUAACAGGAAGGUCGAGUUGGGGAGAUUCCGACCGAAUUUCGAGUAUUAAGUUUUGGUGUAUCCUUUCACUCUUGUUUUAUUAGUACAGUGUAGGUUAUGAUAAAGGUACCAUUGGUAUAGUUUGAAGAAAUUAUGAGUAGCGACAAGACACUGACAAGAGGAUGAUCCUUAAAAACGAAAGGAAGUGCCCAGCAUAGCAGGCACUCGAAAGGGACUGGGGAAGGAACGCGAAGAAUGAGGUUGAAUUACGCUCAGGCACACACCAAGUUUUGGCCAAGCGAUCUAUCGCGGCGAUCUUAAGCGGACAAUAGGCGACUAUAAACAGUCUAGGACGAAUCUGAAGUCAACGGAACAUUUUAUUUUAUUCUUUGUUUUUAUAGUUUCAAUCUACGAAAGCUGCUUUGAAUAAAAGACAAGUGCGUGAUCACAUCAUGAGUAAGUUUUAUGUCAGCGUCAGGGUUCAAAGUUUAAUCACGGUAUCCUUUGAAACUUUAAACUGAAACACGUGAAAGAUCAUCAUAUCUUUACCACAGGACUCCCACACUAUCUGUUUGUGUAAGCGAUGUAAUUUUAUGUUUGUACUGUAUUCACCGUUUGCUUCAUCUGUAGCGGUAUAUAGCUACAUAUGUGCAUGUAUCAAAGCUAAAUAAACGUUGUGUUACCUUACCUUAGGUAAAUUGUCGUCCUUUUGCUUGAGGAAUGGUAUUUUGAGUGAUUUUGAAGGAUUUUGGGUUGUUGGUUGUUUACUGUAAACAAACAGAUUGUGUGGGUGCCCUGUGUGCGCACGCAACUUGAGCACUUAUGAAAAGUAAGCGCGAUAAGGUCGAUCUUACCCACAGGAGGCCCCACACAAAUUGCGUGACUGUUGUAAUGUAUUCAAUUUAAAGCAAAUGUAUGGGAAUAAUCAAAAAGGUUCAUAUUAUGGUGAUAUAAUGCGAUGAGUUCUAAUGUCGAAAUAGACAUCUUUUCACUUGAAAUGUUGUGUAUUGUUCUUGCAGCUGGAAACGGCGAAUUAAAACGAUUUGAAGGGUUUUACAUUCGCCUUUUACCAGAAUGAUAGUAGAGAGACAAGUUGUCUUUUUGGACCCUGUAUAUUUAUAUUCAUAACAUUAUAUCACAAAAAUAUGAACAAUUUCGAUAAUUGAAUCUUACCCCAGGGCGCCAGAGACUUUUGGGUGCGGUUUCCGGUUUCGGUCACAUGUGUGACCUGUACUAAGGGACGGACCAGUAGAAAAGUUAUGGGGAGGGGAAUUUUCGAGCUGCAGGAAUUUUUUUUCGUUAUCAAAUUCCUUGUAUGAAUUUUUUUCAGGCCCUUGCAUGAAUAUUUCUUAGGGUUUAUUGGCGUGCAAGAAUUUUUUUCAUUUAAUUUUCCCUUGCGCGAAUUUUUUUUUUGUACUUCGCCCGCCCCCCCCCCCCCCCAUAAGUUUUUGAAUGGUCCGUCCCUAAAAGCUUCUGGACCAUAGUCUGCGAGUGAUACAGCCGUCUCUCCUCUAGCCUGUUCCAGGAGUUCAGAUAGAAGAGCGUGGCGGUAAGUGGGGAGCGACUUGUACACCGGGAAAACGGGGAAGGGGGUUACGGGAAGGGGGGGAGGCGAGAGCGAGAGAAGUUCUCUCCCCCUUUCCCCCUCUAGUCUCCCCUCGUUUUUUUUUUUUCGUGAAUUUUUCUCCCGCGCUCUACUAUCCGAACGCCUGGAACAGGCUAUCCCUUCUCGCUCCGCCGGCUAUCUGAACCGUAGCGCUAUUAUUGUGUUGAUUGUCUCGAGCCCGGGGCAUAGCUUCCUCGUAUAAAACUUCCGAUGAUUUCCGGCUAGCCGACAUGUUAUUCAAGAAUGACCAACAACAUUUUUGUCGUAACAUUAAAGAUACAUAAUCAAUAAAAGGGUAUGAGAAUUAAUAAAUAAUCACUAUGAAGAGAUACUUUGAUCUUUCAUAAAAACUCUCUCAACUAAGUCUUAAGCCGGCAAUUUAUUGCGAUCGUCUGAACAAAACUCGGGUGAUAGAGACGACCCGGAUGCAGUUACAAAAGUCUAAUCAAACGGAGACGAAUGAAAAGAGGGCAUAAUUUCACGCGCGUUUUGUCCAAAUUCUGAUAAUCUCCCUCACCUUUUAAUGCAAGUGAAAUUCUUCCUUGAUUUCACGAGUUCAGAAUAAAUAUUAGUAUCAAGGGUGACAAAUUAUGCUCACAAUCGUUUUUUUUACUUGCUUAUAGGGAAAGUUUAGAGCAUAAAUUUUGGCUUUAGUUAACGAUUUUCUGAAUUUUUUGACAAAAUGCCUGUUAGGAUCAUUGAUGUGCUCUUUCGCGUGUUCGGGUUUUCUAAAGCGUCUGUUAACGCGCUAACAUCUUCAAGAACAUUUUAUAACUUCGACGCUAUCUUGCUGGUAGGUCUUGGCACUGAGUCGUAAGGAAUGUUGCCAUGGGAAUUCUAUAAUUUCACAUGUGAAAAUGAAUUAACGCUGAAAUUUUGCGUAAAAAUUAAGGAGUAGUUUGUUCAAGUGACUCGACAGUUGAAACGUUAAUUGGGCCUGGGGCAUGGAUGGGAAAAUAAUAGAUCAUUUUACAGUUGUAUUUGUGGUCUUUGAUUGAUUGAUUGAUUGAUUGAUUGACUCUGGCAUUCGAGUGAAUGCGAGGCUGAAGUUGACCUCAUUUUGAUACAAACCUCCUUUGUUUUCUAAUGGAAAUUAUGCUUGAAAAAUAUUAGUUAGCUUUAGAACAAUGUAAUUGCGGGCGACAAGAGGAGCCGCUAAUCCCUAGGUUGUUAUUACGCAUGCGUCGCAUGUGGCAUUCGUUUGGACUUCCACUAAGAAUGAAUAGAAUGCACAAAACGCAAUUUGAUCACGCUACGUGAAAAUUAACUUUGCAAGACAUGAACACGACACCGAAAGAACCAAAAACAGAGCGGGGUCGAAGCCGUAGACUGCUAUUUCGCCCUUUUUGGGCUCGUCAGCACGGCGCAACGAAGAGAGAGGCUCUGCCGUAAAAUUCCCUCACACUCUGUUUAAGAGCUCUAGCAUUGAACUUAAACACUCACUGAACCACGCCAUAUUACGGGUCCCCGAGAGGGCAAGAGUCCAAGUGUCACGUUGAUGUCUCACAAAGAAAAUAUAGGAUGGACAAAACCAACCUAGCUUGGAAACAUGGGCAAAACCAUGCAAAAAUGGACCGCAAACGAAUAUGCCGCAAAACGUAGGAUCUGUAAAAGACCUGACCUGCAAAAAUAUACACUGAGUAAUUCUGCAAAGCUGAGCGUACUACAUGAAAAUUAGCUUUGGAAGACAUCAACACGACACUGAAAGAACCAAAAACAGAGCGGGGUGCUAGCCGUAGACAGCUGUUUCGCCCUUUUUGGGGCUCCUCAGCAGGGCGCCUACGUUUUGCGACAUAUUCGUUUGCGGUCCUUUGCAGUUUAAAUGUCAAUUUAUUACUUAUUUUUUGGGGCCGUAGGUCUUUUAUAGAUCCGAUAUGGUGUUCAUUUUUCAUGGUUUUGCCCAUGUUUCCAAUGUUGGUUUUGUCCAUCCUACAUUUUCUUUGUGAGACAUCAACGUGACACUUGGAAUUUUGCCCUCUCGGGAACACGUGAUAUGACGUGGUUCUGUGAGUGUUUGAGUUCAAUGCUAGAGCUCUAAAACAGAGUGUGCGGGAAUUUUACGUCAGGGCCUCUCUCUUCGUUGCGCCGUACUGGGGAACCCCAAAAAGGGCGAAACAACAGCUAAGACUCCGCCCGUUUUUGGUUCUUUCGGUGUCGUGUUGAUGUCUUGCAAAGUUAAUUUUCACUUAAUACGAUCAGCUUUGCAGAAUUCAGUGUGUCUACUCAGUGUAUAUUUUUGCUGGUCAGAUCUUUUAUAGAUCCUACUUUUUGCGGCAUAUUCGUUCGCGGUCCUUUGCAGUUUAAAAUGUCAAUUUGAUCACGCACGUUUCGACCUUCUACCCCUCGUAAUCACGCGUGUUUCGACCAUCUGUCACGUGAAACUUACGCAAAGCACAGCGUUGGAGCAAACGCGUUUGGACCUUCGAUCAUCUUCGCGCGUGCUCCCUAACCUUUGGUUAUUAGUAGUUUACAUAAGAAAGCAGGACUCAAAACGUGGUCAGCUCUAGCCUCGUUUCCAUGUAUAACUGUAAAAUGAGCUAUUCCAUCCAUUGACUGCCCUCAGGCCUAAAGACAGUUUACAAUUUUUUACCUAUAUCCUCUGUGUAAAUACCCCCAAAGUUUAUUAAAUUAUGUAUUAUUACCUUUAGUGGAUGGCUUCAAUGGUGAAAUGCUUUUAGAUGUAGAAAAGCGCGCCACAGAUUCUUUGCGUCCACUUAACAUAAGCAUAUCCCCGCCAGAGAGGAAUGUAUCAGGGAGAUUUUUUAACUUCCACGACUACAAACCAACCUUUAAACUAGACGCUAGCGAGAAAGGAAGGGUUACUCUGACUGGAGGUCCUCUUAUGGCUCCUUAUAUUAUGGACCAAUUUCACUUUCACGUUUACUGCACAAGAGAAGAGGCUGAAGAAAAUACGUUGGAUCGCGUUCAAGUUCCCGGCGAGGUAAGCGAGAAAAUGUCGGUAUUCUUUGGCUAAAAAGAGGAAAACAUAGAGUAAGAAGGGGCUCAAGGGGGAACCUUGGGUCGUUGUUGUUUAAGUUCUAUACAAAGAUUAAACGUUGAAUGAGUAGCCUGUGCGUAAUGAAAUCAUGCUGCCAUCUUGGUUAUUGUUAAAAAUUCAGAUUUAUGCAUUGUGUAGAAGCUUAGGUCUGAAAUAUGUUGUCAUUAAACUUGUUGCUACUUUUGAACAACAGAGUGAAGCAAGGCUGAUUUGACAGUUGGGAAUACAUUUUUUUUUCACCAAGGACACCUUGAAGAAGUAAGGCCGUGCCUUUCGAAAUAUUGGCAAAAAAUAAUAUGUCCCAGCUGUCAAAUCAGCCUUGCCUCAUUCUGUUGUUCAUGUAUUUUAUAGCUAGUUAGAUCCUCUAGUAGGAUCCUGUUCGUCUUCUAUUUUCUAACGUUGGUCCUUGCUUCCAAAGCUAGACUUACUGCUUUUGGUAGUAUUUUUUGCGUUUAUUACACAGGAAGUGUAGAGAACUCUCGUUUUUGAUAUUGUCGGAGGAAUAAAUGAGGAUCUGGCUACAAAUAAUGUUGAAAAAUACAGGAAAAUGCCAUGGGGAGAAGUAGAGUCUUUACUGUUAGUGUAGGAAGGAAGCAUGACUAUUCGGAUCAAUUUAGGCUAAAUGAAAUUCGUCUUCUAAGAUAGUUGUAUCCAAACUUUGGUCAUGUUUCAGUUACACCUUGUGUUCUUUCGAGAGAACUAUCAGACUUACAACGAAGCAGUGCAAAGAUUUCGUGACGGACUCGCCGUGGUUUCAAUAUAUUUUGUGGUAAGCAUUACAUGGAUGUUUACAGUAGGAGUAAAAUUUUAAACUCGUGGAAAUGCUGUAAACACUCGCCAAUCUGACGCAAUUUGCAUGAAAACUGGGCCGAGUUACUUUUCGCAAAGACUUCUGGGACUGCUACCGGAAAUAAAUAUCCCGGAAUCAAUUGCGGGACACAUUUGUGUCCAGUUCUCCUUUCUAUGGGGCGAACCUCUAAGCAGGGUAACUAACAGAUUAUGCUUGUAUUACGCUCAUCUGGAGGCCUGAGUCAUGCUACUUAUUUUAGCGGAAUACAUGACACUUUUCCCUUCGCUAUUACUAAAUUAACGCUGAUGAAAAUAGCCAGUAUUAAUAUCAAAGCUAUAUAACGACGCUGCAUCUUGAAAAGGCUUUAGGUUUAUGAAAGAGUGGGAAUUUCACUAGUUAAAGUAGUUAAAGAUCGAAGGAGUAUCCGUUCGCAGGGUCGAAUGUCACGUACUAAAACCAAAUAUACAAAACAACGUAGCACUCGGGAACAACUUGGGAAAUCGGGAAAGCGUUAUAAUUAAAAGAAAAACAGAAAACCUAUCCGUAAUCUGUUUCUGUUAUUUAUAGUGCUUGCGGUUUAAAAAAAUUGUUAUCACAAGGUUGCUAUUAAGUUCUGAUGUUCAAUGUUUAGUUGAGAAGAACUUAAAACAUCAACGCCCACUUCACUUCCUUUAAGUCUUACUUAGCGGUCGAAGAAGACGAUUUGUUCUAGCGCCAAACGUUUUCAUUCCUACAGAACGCGAAGUGAACUUUUAAAACAGAAACCGUUCCGUUAUAAGCUCAGUUUUUUUUACUUCCAGGUACAAGGCGAAGAGAACACUAACACUGAGAUAGCAACGUUUGAGAACCUCAUUGACUAUAUUUCACAGGACGAAAGUUAGUGGCAAUGUAUUUAGUAAAUUGGAAUCGCCUGUCCCCUUACACAUUUAACAACAAGUUUGCUCCUUCGGUAGUUGGAAAAUAAACAAAAUACAUGUCUUUGUUUCCGGGUUCUUUGGGCGAUGAUUCAACAUCACGCAUUCGUCACCGAGAGUAGAAAAGGUCUGAAGCCGCGGCUUCUUCUUCUUCAACAUGGGCCGAGUUGUGCGAUAAUUCUGGGCUAGCUGCAGACAUAGACUAUCAGUUCUCAUGGUAACAAACAAAUCGUCUUUCCAACAAAGAAUGUCGCGUUGACUCUGCAUAAUCAGAUCAUCAUAAGAUAACGUUUCACUCUGUGAUUACUUUCGUAGAUCGUACAGUGUCCACCACUGCUGCCGUCGAGCAGUUGUCGGCUCCACUGAGUAAAAGGAAUGCGCCCUAUCAGGCAUACAGAGGCAAUUUGGUUGAGCCAAUUAAAUGCAAGAAUUGCGUCGACGUCUUUGUUAUGGAAGAAAGAUUUACCGUUUCUGUUAAGCAGGUAAUAAUUUGACUGGCAAUUUUACUGUUACUAUACUAGAAAUAAUCAAAGAAUACAAAGUGUGUCUAAAAAAACUUGAGCCCACGUUCGAGAAAUGCCAAGUUCCCAGCCAACGGGAGCUGGAACGUAAGGGAAUGCUUUUGAACUCGCCUCGGCAGUAAACUGUGGGGUGGAUUAUCAAAAUUGAGAUUUCUUGCCUUGGGCUAUGCUGUGCUGACGUGCCCUAAUGGGUACUAAGCAGCUGUCCAUGGCUGCCCGGGCGAUGUUGCUCCGCGUGCACGCGUAAGGUUCUGGCCAUUCAGUGGAGUUGGUAGUGUGUGCUUCAGAGCUGAAAUUGAUAUUAAUUUCUCUCCCUUGGCAAGUUGCUGACGAUGUUAUUUGUCCCUGCAAACUCAGCCAUUUCAAUUGCUUUCCAAGCUCCGUUCAAUCAACGACGAUUGUCCCAUAUUCAUUUAAAUCAGUAUUAGUUAGCGUUCUACCAAAAACGCAAUUAACGAAUGCUGUACAUGUUAGUCAAAUGGGCAGAUCCAUCUGUCUGAGAGAUGUCUGACAGUACUAUAGAGGUAGGGAUGUAGGAUUUGUACUUAUUUUGGCGAUACGUGAGAACCACUACCACUACCACUACAAACUGCUACUUCCGACUGCCACUACUACCACAUCCGUUGCCACUACCCAGAACUAAUUAUUCUACCACUACCAUGGAUCAAUUAAAACUGCCCAACUACCACUCCCCUCAGCCAAUAUUACCACUUACUUCUCACUUAGGGCAACAUGUUGGCUUAGGGGAGGAGUAGGCGGUCAGCAUCCCAGAAACCUAAUUGAUCCACUAACGCUACUCUCUGCCACCUCUGCUUAACAAGUGCGGCCACUAAAACGGGUCUCAGCGUCCGAGAAAACACGGUAACGGUAACGAUAACGGUAACGGUCAUUAGAGGCGAGCGAAAUUUUACAACAGCUGUUCUCCUUGCGUCCGCUUGUUUUGUUAUCAUUUGUGUUCUAAACUAUUUGUUUCUGAUUCAUUGCCCUCUUUGCAAUGUAUUUUGUAUCUUAACUUGCUAAAAUGAUCAUUUUUAUGAAUGUAAAAUGUUCUGUCUCUUCCCAACAAAUUGUCAUCACAUUACACCUUUACCUACCCAUAAGGGCCAUAGCUCUCCGCAACUGUCCUUUUAUCCUGUAGAGGCUGUACGCAAAGGGGGGUACGCCCUAUAAUGACCUGUACGGCGAGGCUCCACCCGAAAGGGGUAUCUUUUUCAGGCUGCAGGUAUAUGAAAUGGUAGGGAUUUCACUAAUUAAAGUAUAUGAAAGGGUACAAAAAUCUGUCAUCUCGGUAUGUAAAAAGGACCAAACGGGCUAACAUAUGCAUUUUAGAGCUGUAAAGAGACUAGGAAACGUUCUGCUUUUGUGAUUUAUUCAUAUUUAAAGGCCAACAGUGCAUUUGCAGCGGUUGUAAAGUUCUAAAAUAUGAGGUUUGUGAAACGGGUACCAUUUGUCAAUAGACGUUACAGUAUACAGCUAGGGGCACUUUUCCUAUCAAAAUGGAAUAUAGAAGGGUAAGGGGUUAGACAUCGCGGUGGAGCCUCCCUGUAUAAAAGUUUAAGUUUGCUAUGUACGAACACCCCCCCCCCCACCCCCACCCCUCCGGGAGGUAGUAUAAAGAAGUUCAACUAUGCUUUCCUCUUUUUUCACCAGAUCAUGGAGUUCAGGAAAGCCCCACACUGCGUCCAAAAUGACUGGUCGUUUUAAAAAUGAUUUAAAGAACACAAUACAAUAAAGCCCGCGAGUAAGAACCUGCAUUUUCCAACAAAGCCUAGACAGGUUCUUAACCAUUUAAACCCUAAUGUCAAAACUGUGAUUCUCAUUUACCG